AAACAAACAAAAUUCUGCUUCAUCUGAUUUUGCUGCACAACCCUGAAACAGUGAGGCAAAAAGGCAGAAAGGUAAAGAACUAAAGGGUGGCUUUAGUGUCCUCUGAGGACCCUGCAGCACAGUUACUUGGAGACUUGCCAAAUGCACACAUUCCUGCCUUUCUUUUGGGACUCUGAGAUCAGGGGUGGCAUCACGGGCAGAAUGAUAUCUGGAUUACAGCUCUUCUGAAAGGAAAGGAUGAGACAAACAGACGGAUAAAAAUACGGCAGGUAAAAAAAUGAGGUAAAAGAGAGAGCAGAGACCUGAGUGAAAGCACACAAACCUAAACCCUACAGCUCAACCCUCCCCUUGUUGAGGGAGGUACUCAGCUGGCAAACCCGGAGGGGGACACCAGCUCUGAGAAGAAGUCAAAGCAAAUACAGCAUGAGGAAUGAAGCUGUUGUAGGAGCUUUGGGAUGCUUUGAACUGUAGGUUGCUUUUGCAGAGCUGAAAGCCUGGACGUGGGGGACAGAAGCGGGAACUCCAGGUCACAAGGGCUACUGUGGUGGAGCUCCGUUUUGUUCACUCUGACAAUAAGAAACAUACUAGAAGAAAAGCAGGAAUAGAUAUGUUUUAAGGAGAAUAGCCUUCCAUAUCUUAAGCCAACCAAGAGGCUGCAGUAUUACUUUAAGACUGGACUUUUGGCUCUUUGUCCCAUUGUGAUGGGAUCCUCUGUAGAGGUGGCUUAUUGGUUGAUGGUGUUGUGUUAUCUUGGACAAAAACAUCUUGUGACCGGUGGUUGUUUGGGAAAGUGCUGCCGGGGCAGAAACAUGGGCUGUUCUACUACUGACUGGAGGAUGGACCGAGCGUACGGGACAUGCUACUGCGACGAGGACUGUGUUAAUACCAAGGACUGCUGCUUCGACUAUUUCACAGAGUGUCCAGCUCAGGACUGUGUCGUGAGCGCCUGGAGCUUUUGGAGUGGCUGUGCCAAGCCCUGCCAGCCAUCAGUCAGAGUCCGAGUUCGUCACGUAGAGCAGCAGCCCGUUAACAGCGGUGAUCCCUGUCCCUUGCUGGAGGAGAGAGCUGGAUGCAGGGAGCAUAGAGACCACCGGGGUAGCCACUGUGGACUCAAUUCAGGCCCCGCAUUCAUCACCAGCAUGGAGUUUGGCAAAGGAAGACCCAAACAUGACAACUUUGGAAACCCCCUGGACCCAGGGUUCUGUGUGGAGUUUGAACUGGAGUCCCGGACACCACACUGUACGGUGCAGAACCAGCCUCACACACGCUGGAUGCGCUACAUAACCGGAGGGUUUAAAGUGUGUGUAGCGUGUGAACCUCCUGCCUUGCGAAACAGUAGCUGCCAGGGCGAUGGGCAAGAAUCAGACAACUUCGCUCCAUUGGCAGGCAGUGGGGAACCCACACUGCAGAGGGACGUGGAGGAAGGUCCGGAAAACUCCACAAUGCACCUGUCCAACACAACAUAACUUUGUCUUCAUCUGACCUUUGCAAACCAGUCUUCAGAACCAGCUGAAAUAACGUGCAGAACACCACAGGAUGUUUUAUAAGAGACUAAAUGCUGCAUAAAGAUUUAAAUGCAAAGGAGAUCACUGCAAACUUGAAAUGCACUUCAUUUAUUUUAAUAUUAGAAACUAAACAUCCAUACAGGUGGUUUCUAAUUUUAUUGCAUUUAACAUUGCAUAACACUUCUGUAAAAAACUGGAUGUCAAACAAUAAUAAAAAAAAAAAGAACUACUUUACA